AACGCUUUUAGGUUCCUCGCUAGCUAACUAGCGAAUGACUUGUACUGCAGCUCACUAAACCUGCUCAUCAUUUAUCUCUUAUUUUCUGUUGUAAGUAGUGUCCCACAGCGCGUCAUAUUUUGGUCAGGUAGGUUAGCUAGCUAGCUAGCGACUGCUCAUUCUUAACCAGAGGAGCUGAGGUAACCUAGCAGCCACAUCGAGCGAAACUCCAAGGAGCUUAUAAAAGCCAUCUUGACCCUGUGUUGUCAUGGCGAUGCGGGAACUGGUAGAGGCAGAAUGUGGGGGAGCCAAUCCCCUCAUGAAGUUGACAAGUCACAUGACUCAAGAAGGUGGUGCUUGGAGACAUAGGUCAACGCCCACUAUUCCCCCUACACCGAUUGAAAUAGCGACUGAAGAGGAGUUGGUGAGUGAGUUUCUGCAGGCGCCCCCACGCCCCCCUCACAGCUUCGAUAUGGGACAGCUCCUGGAGGAGAUGCAGCAGAUUGACCAGCAGAGCUACAGACAAGCCCCACAGAGGGCUCCUGACGUAGCCGCGUUAGCCCUGUCCGGUGAUUGGGCAGCAGAGUUCCUGUCUGGAGCUGACUCUGCCGCCUCCCCUGGCCAAGUCGCUCUCGAUACAACAGAUGCUGAUUGGACCAGAGAAUUCAUAAAUGAAGUUACUGACCCUGGGAGAUGGGCAGAAGAGUAUCUGGAGCAGUCAGAGGAGAAACUUUGGCUGGGGGAUUUGGGAGAAAAGGAGCAAGACAAAGAAUGGACAAAGGAAUAUCAACCAGGAGAGGACCUGAAGCAAACAGCCAAUGAACUUCUCACAAAGGUAGAUGACCCCAAGCUACAGAACACAGAGUUCCUGCGAUUCAUUAGGCAAAUUGGCGAGGGCAGUGUGACUGUGGAGGACAGAACAGGAAGGCAGCUCUCUGAUAAAGCACAGGCCAAGGAGGCGCAUAACUGGGCCUCCAGCUUCACCCAGUUCCUGAAGGAAUCAGGGGGAGGGACUGUGCAAGUGGAAACUCGAGAGUGCAGAGAGAAGAAUGACCAAGCUAAAGCUAAACAGGCAGAACAGUGGGCCAAAAUCGUCAGGCAGGUGUCUGAGGAGUCUGCAGAGUCCUGGGUGGAUGAGUUCACCACGUCGGGUCCUGAUUUCCAGCAGGCCAAGGCUGCUGUGGAGAGUGACAUAGAUUUCUGGGAGAAGUUACAGCAGGAGUGGGAGGAGAUGGCUAAGAGAGAUGCUGAGGCUCAUCCCUGGCUUUCAGACUUUGAUCAGAUGCUUAGCACCUCCUACGACAAGGGCUAUCAGUUUGAGGAAGAGAACCCGUACCUGUCCCAUGAAGAUCCUCUGGCAGAGGGGGUGAGGAGGAUGGAGGCUGGGGACAUUCCUGGAGCCGUUCGACUCUUUGAGAGCGCCGUGCAGAGAGAACCAGACAACCAGCUGGCCUGGCAGUAUCUGGGGACUUGCCAAGCAGAGAACGAGCAGGAGUUUGCAGCUAUCAGUGCCCUGCGCAGAUGUAUUGAGCUGAAGAAGGACAACCUAACAGCCCUCAUGGCUCUGGCUGUCAGCUUCACCAACGAAUCACUGCAUCGGCAAGCCUGUGAGACACUUCGUGAUUGGCUGAGGCACAACCCAAAGUACCGGCACAUCCUUGAACAGAGGGAGAGAGAGAAGGAGAGAGAGGGAGUCCGAGAAAGAGAGAAGGAGAGGGAACGAUUCGGAUCCCUGUUACCAGAAGCUCUGUUCAGUGAGGUGCAGGCGUUGUUCCUGAGUGCAGCGUCUGCCGACCCAACGCGGGUGGACCCUCAGCUGCAGUGUGGCCUCGGAGUUCUUUUCAACUUGAGUGGAGAGUACGACAAGGCUGUGGACUGUUUUACUGCUGCCCUGUCUGUUACUCCACAGGAUUAUUUGCUGUGGAAUAAAUUGGGAGCUACUCUAGCUAAUGGGAGUCGCUCUGAGGAGGCUGUGGCCGCCUACAGGCGAGCACUGGAACUGCAGCCAGGGUUUGUGCGCAGCCGCUACAACUUGGGUAUCAGCUGCGUUAACCUGGGAGCUCACAGGGAAGCGGUGGAGCAUUUUCUAGAGGCGCUCUCUCUGCAGAGGCAGGCUGCUGCCGACGUCGGGGGCGCUGCGGGCCGCGGGCCGGCCACUGUGAUGUCGGACAACAUUUGGUCCACCCUGCGCAUGGCGCUGAGCAUGAUGGGAGAGAGCUCACUGUACACAGCUGCUGACGGACGCGACCUGGACACGCUGAUGGCACACUUCUGCCAGAGAGAGGAAGAGACGGACUGAAGGAAUGAGAGAGGGAAGGAGGGCAGGGAGGUAGUGUGCGAAUGUGGGGAGAGGUGUCUCGGAAAUGCAGAUGAUUGGAGGAGCACAUUUUAACGUGGAGAGAGAGAGUCCACGAAGAGAUGGGAGAACAAAGAGUCUUUAAACACAUGCACUACACUGUAUGAAUGGACAGGUGGACUUCUGAUAAAGGGAGACUGGAUUUGAGAAACAUGAUGCAUUGAGAGGCCCAUAGUACACCAGUCAGCAGAAUGAAUGAACUGUGGGAGCUGACCUAGGUUAUUUGAAGUGCAACCAAACUCCAGUCAAGGUCCUUGUGCAGUUUGUGUUUUGUUUCAUUUUAUCAUGCGAAGUGCAUCUGAACUACAUAGGUACAUUGAGGUUAAUACAUGUUCACACUGUGUUUGCCUUCAUUUCUAAUACUGAGAUGCAUUCGAUUUGGAAAGGAAUGAAGACUGAAGAGAUGUGUCAUCUGUGCUGUUCCAGGUUUGGGUUUUUUUGUUUUUUUUUUUUGUUUUGUUUUGUUUUUUUGUUUGUUUGGGGGGUUUUUUUUGGUAUAAACCAAUAAUAGCUAUGAUCUGCAAGUCAGAAUGGUCAUUGAUCAUCAGCAAGAGAAGGGAAGGCACUGUGGUUCAGUGACAGAUGAGAAAUGAAUGAGAAGUGGGAGAUGAAUGCCAGCACUCGCUCCUUCAUGUGCUAUCUAAUAUGAUACUCAUGCUGUAAAUGAAUCGACUUAAUUGUGUAUUGUACCAUUAUUAGUAUUAAUAUUAUUAAUAUUAGACCCGUUUUGAAUAUCUCCAGAAAACAGUAAUUAUGUAUAUGUAAUCCAAGCAAUAAAACUUUGAAAUAA